GAAAGACAUCGAGGAGCGGAGUACUCGGAGUGUUCGAGUAUAUCACUCCGAUCUCUCCGGCAUCAAGAUAAGUGAUGCCUUGUCCUGCCCAUCCUGCCCAAAACUAUAAGAGAAGACUAAGAUCUAUAAUCACGAAGUGGCUCUUGCGAUUCUUCGUAAACCAAGCCAAAUAUCCCAUCUCCCACAAUGACUCGCCUACAAUCCACCGAAAUCAAAGCCCUUCGUGCCGCCGCGCCCCCUCUCCCUCUCAUUCCUGCCCCAGCCGUCUCCUCCGAUGAGUACAAAUCACCCUACAACCGUACAAAACCACCAGCAAAGCACCUCGGCCACCACUUCAGCCUCGAAAGCCAGAACUUUACCGGCUCAGCGUUGAAAAAGGGGUCCAGCCCAAGCGGUCCGCGCAAGAUCAUCUCCUUAGGAACGGGACGACCAACAGCGGACUAUUAUCCUUGGGAGUCCAUAACCCUGAAUGAGCCUACACAAAAAGCCACUUUACAACUACCCAAAGAACAGGAACAAUGCCACUCAGCGCACACCAUAUCCAAACACGGUUUAACAUACAACCUUUCAAUCGCAAUGAACUACUGCCUCGCAAACGGAUCAGCACACUUACUCCGAUUCAUCACGGAGCACGUUGAGCUCGUUCACAAUCCCCCUUAUGCAGACUGGGCAACAUUCCUCUCUUGUGGAGCCACUGCCGCGACGGAGAUGGCAUUUAGAAUCUUCUGUAAUCGCGGGGACACCAUUCUCGCGGAGCAAUAUACGUACCCCGGAACACUAGAAAGUGCUGCGUUGAAUGGGGUUAAUGUCCAGGGGAUUGAGAUGGAUGCGGAUGGCUUGCGGGCUGAUGCACUGGAUGAGGUACUUUCCUCUUGGGAUGAUGCUCAGUCUCCCAGGCCGCGCGUGCUGUAUACUAUCCCGACGGGUCAAAAUCCAACAGGGGUUAGCCAAUCGCUGGAAAGGCGCAGAACUAUCUAUGAUAUUGCAGAGAAACAUGAUCUCAUAAUCAUCGAGGAUGAUCCGUACUAUUUCCUGAGGAUGGGUCCUUACCGAGAUACUCAUGGAACGAAUGGUACUGAUACCAACGACUCUGCCUCUGAAGACGACAAAGCCGCUCAGAUCUACCAUUCCGAGUCCAUCCCCUCCUACCUCACCCUCGACACAUCCGGGCGGGUGGUACGUCUCGAUUCAGCAUCCAAGACCCUCGCCCCCGGGUUACGUGCCGGCUGGGUCACUGCAUCCAGGAAAAUCAUCGAUAAGUUCACCGCAUACCAGGAAGUAAGCACUCUAGCUGUUAGCGGCCCAUCCCAGCUUAUGCUGUGGCAUCUGCUUGAUGAGAACUGGGGUCAUGAUGGGUUCACCGCGUGGCUUGUUCACCUCUCGCGAGAGUAUCGCUGGCGGCGGGAUGUGCUUCUUGAUGCUUGCAACAAGUACUUGCCCAGGGAGGCUGUGCAGUGGAAUACACCGGAGUUCGGCAUGUUUUUGUGGGUUAAAGUUGACUGGACACGGCAUCCUCGGCUUAAGGGCUUGUCUGAGUUGUCGCUGGAGGAGGUUGGGGCGCAGAUAGUUGGGUUGGAGGAGAGAAUUGUUGCUAAGGCUUUGGAGAAGGGAGUGCUUGUGACUAAGGGGUCGCUGUUCGCUUCGAAUCAGGAGAGGAAGGACCAUCUGCAUUUUCGGAUGACGUUCGCCGCUGCAGAGGAGGGAGAUCUGAAGGAGGGGGUGAGGUUGUUUGCGGAGGCUGUGUGUGAAGAGUUUGACCUAGGAAUUUAAUUUAAUUGAAGGAUAUUUGAGAAUGCACUAUCAAAUGUAUUUCAUGUGUCUUAAAUAUCGGCACCUAGUUUGAGGGCCUCGUCAGAGCGUAGGGUUUGCACGCCAGGUGAGCGCUGACUGGCUAGUUUGGGGUUUGUAUUUGGAGAGUUUAUGUAGUAAAUGAUAGCAGGGCUGGAGAUGACAGUGAUGCCUUUAUUAGUA